AAGCGCUCAAAAACUUCUUUACUCUUCAGAUGCAAUUAACUCAUUGAUUAAUCAUGCCCCCGAUGGCUUUCCUACAAUUAGCUUUGUCUCCGGCCAGCGUCUUGGCACCCAUCCACCUCCUAUCUUACUCCACGCUCCUCGGCAUGGAACUAUACCAGUCAUUCGUAAUGACGAAAAUUAGCUACCAAGAGUUACCCCGAUCCGCUUUCACCACGCUUCAAAAGCGCGUCUUCCCCCUUUACUUCCGGGGGCAGACCUUGCUUCUCCUAUUGACGGCGGCAACGGUCCCUCCGUACGGGCCGCUGACGCUGCAGUCCAGCAAGGGCAAUUGGAUACCUUUUGCGAUUAUGGGAGCCACGGCGCUUUUAAACCUGAUGCUUUAUGGACCACGGACGCGACAGAUCAUGAUUGAUCGGAUUCAUCAACAAACGCGGGAUGGGAAGAAAUCGAACAAUCCGACCGAGGUCAGCGACGAUAUGAGAGCGUUAAAUAAGAUGUUCUCGCGCAAUCAUGCGAUGAGCAUUCAUCUGAAUAUUAUUACUAUAGGGGCUACUCUCUGGUGGGGUGUAAAACUAGCCUUACGAUUAAACAUGCAGCCUUAAGAGAGUGCAGAAGUCGAAUGUUAGAUGUUAUGUCAAAUUGGGUGGAUUGGUAAGACAUGGCUCUAUGUAUUCUUCUUCGUACGAUAAUGAGUUUUGAGGAGGUUAGGUUAUCAAGUGUCGAGGGGGGUAUAAGGGGUUAUUUUAGACUAGGCUUUCUAAAUUUAAAGCAACAAUUGAUGUGCUCCUUA